UUUUUUGAACAUUUUCUUUUUGGCAGGUGGGGAAUGCUAAAGUAGACCAUGGUUGUUGGAACAGGCCAGAGGAUAUGAAAGAGGCAAGACCUCUUACACAAGUCAACGCUUCUUAUCCGGGGAGUGACGUGGCGGCCGAAACAUCGGCCGCUCUUGCAUCCGCCUAUCUCGUAUUUAAGUCAACCGAUUCCACGUAUUCGAGCUUGCUUCUUAAGCAUGCCGUACAAUUAUUUCAAUUUGCCGAUAAAUAUAGAGAGGUUUACAGCAUUAGCAUUCCCGAUGUUCAAACCUACUAUAAUUCCACCGGCUACGGAGACGAGCUUUUGUGGGCCGCCAGCUGGCUUUACCAUGCAACGGGCGAGGCCACGUAUAUUGAUUACGUGACGGGCGAAAACGGAGACGAUUUCGCUAAUUGGGGUAGUCCGACUUGGUUUAGUUGGGAUAAUAAACUCCCGGGAGCUCAGGUGUUGUUGUCGAGGAUUAGUUUUUUCGGUUCGAAAGAAGUGUCGAAUUCCGAUGCGCUCGAUAAGUAUAGGAAGACGGCGGAAGCUGUGAUGUGUGGCCUUAUACCGAAAUCUUCAUCCGCCACCUCGAGUAGAACCGAAAACGGUUUAAUAUGGGUGAGCGAAUGGAACGCGUUGCAGCAUCCCGUGGCAUCGGCCUUUUUAGCCGUCGUUUAUAGUGAUUACAUGCUCACUUCUCGAACCGAUAAGCUAUCUUGCGAUGGCGACAACUUUAAAGCCUCGGAUCUUCGGGAAUUUGCAAUCACACAGGCAAAUUAUGUUUUGGGGAAUAAUCCGAUGAAAAUGAGUUAUCUUGUGGGAUUCGGGAAUAAGUAUCCGGAAUAUGUUCACCAUAGAGGAGCCUCGGUUCCGGGAGAUGAAAACCCGGGCUGUAAAGACGGGUUCAAGUGGCUUGAUUCGGACGACCCCAACCCGAACGUGGCAACCGGGGCCCUAGUGGGGGGCCCGUUUCUUAAUGAAUCGUAUGUGGAUUCGAGGAAUAAUUCGAUGCAGGGCGAACCGACCACGUAUAAUAGUGCUUUCAUUGUUGGGCUUCUUUCUGGUUUGGUUGCUACUUCUUCUGUGGUGCAAUCUUUUGCAUAA